ACGUCAUUUCCGCAGGCUUAGACCGGGGAAAGUUGUUUCCUGAAGCUGCCACUGUCCCAGUGAGCAUUUCCACGCCAAAGUAUCGUGGUGUUUGCUUUAAAAAUGGCUUUGCUAGUUUAUCGUCCGUUUGGGUUUAGUCGUGACUCGGUUAUGGUCGGUGAGAUGUCCUUCUGAUGGAUUUAUCUGACGAAAGGAUGAGCUCAAGCAAAGAAGAUACAGAAGUGAGCCUUCAGGCCCAACUCGCCGAGUCCCAAGCUCAGGCUGAACACUGGCAGGGCGUGGCCACAAUCUGCGAACUGAGCAAACGGGAGGAACUGGCAGAGCUGCAGAAACAAUGUGAUCAAGAGAUCCAGUCCCUCCAGGAGGCUCUCAGAGAGACGGCGUCACAGUACGAGGCCAGGAUAGCCGUUCUACUGGAGGGGAGGCGAGCUAGUGGCCCCAAUCAGGGAAUUGCAAGGAAGUGCAAAAUGGAUGCGGAGGUUCCAAGUAACGACCCCCAGACCUCACCAGACAGACCUCAACCAGCAGACCCCGAAGCUGCGGCGGACGGAGAAGCAGCGCAGCAUAAUACAGAAGGCUAUUUCUCACUGCGGCACUGCGACUCGGCCUCGUUGUCCUCCUUCUCCAUCGACACACCGUCCCUCCCGAGGAAGGUCCACGCUCAGGAAGACACGGACUCUCUGGUCUCGACGGGAACUCUGGUGCCGGAAGCCAUCUACCUGCCGCCAGCCGGCCACAGGCUGGUCACUCACAAUGACUGGGAUGCUCUCAACGCUCAGGUGUCUGAGUUGAGAGGUGAAGUGAGGCGACUCGAGGCCGAGAAGGAGGAGCUGGAGAAGGAAUUGGACACACAGACCAACCACACGCACAAACAGGUAUCAGUGCUUCAGUCUCAGGUCCAAUCUUCAGAGGCCCUUCUUCAGGACUUACAGAGGUCUCUGAGCCAAUCACAGACGGCAGUGCAGAGUCGACUGUCGGAGCUGUCGCUGUCCCAGAGAAAGGUCUGCAGCGAGCUGUCCAGGCUUAAAGGAGACAACACGGAGGAUGAAGGGCCGGAGUCCAGCUUGUUACCCCCAGCAUCCUUGCAGGCGGCACACUGUGAGGAACGUCUCCGCAUUGAGAUCGUCAACCUGAGGGAGCACCUCGAUAUGCGAGCAGAGGAGAACGAAAUUCUAGAAGUGCAGUUAUCCAGUUUGAAAACGGAGACCGAGAGGAUCCAAGCCCAGAAGGACCAGUUUCAGGCCGAGCUGUCGGCCUGCCGCACUGAAGUCGAGGCCCUGCGGUUGGCGCUGUCACACGUGCAGGGGAACAACAAAGUCCUUAACAAUGAUAAAGCGGCCUUACAGCAAAAGUGUCUGGAGCUGCGCAGCCAGGUGAUCAGCCUGCGCUCUCAGGUGGACACCAGCCAAACCGUCCAGAGAGACUUCGUCCAGCUCUCUCAGUCCCUGCAGGUAAAACUGGAGUUAAUUAGGCAGGCAGGAUCUCUGGAGCAAGUCAGGGAAAUCCUGGAGGAGGGGAUCAGUGAAGACGAUUCCCCGCCCGCAGACGCCUCCUGAGUCAAGCGCAGACCAAGACAACGCCUCGCCAGUUUGGACCAACAACGCUCAAGUAAGCACGGCCGUGUGGAACACACUCAUGCACUGUUUUAAAACGACCGAGAGAAUGAUGCAACGAUGCAUACAAUGAUUAUUUUUUUUAUCAUAGAGGUGAUGGGUUCUGUGUAGUAAUGGCUUAUUUUGUGACCAUGCGUCUCACACUAAACUGCGUUCUCCCAAGCUUUGUAAGAAACUACAUGAAGGUAACUUGCACAAGUUCAGUGUGCAAAAAAAAAAGACACUUUGUGACCCAAGCAAUAAUUCACGCUAAGGUUUGACAGGAGUCACCCUAAACAUGUGACCUUUGAACAUGGAAUACUGGGAAGUCUGGGAAAAUGGGCAUUGUUUUAGCUAACAUUUAAGACAUCCACAUAAGAGGAAAAACACUAUCCAGCAUGUGUCAUUGAUGCCGUCAUGGCUAAGUGGAACGCUAUUUAUGCUGACACUGAACUUCCAUGGUCAGAUGUUGAAGAACCAAGGUCAAUCUUAUGAACAGGAAACAGCAUAAAACAUCGGCGUAUGAUGGCACUGGCUUUUUUAUGCUAUGGGUAAAGCAUUUGCACUGACAAACGUUUCCUGUGUGAGCCUUUGUAAGGAAGUGGACACCAGCCAAUAACAUUCAUGAAGUGAUGCAACACUUUGCAAAGAGUAACUUUAAUUCACGCGUUACGUCUUACAACCAAAAAACUGUGUGGAUUUCGGAUUUAACUCCGAUUUAAUACCGAAAAUGUGUAACACCAACCUGCUGUUUUCUUUUGUGUUUGUGUGGAAAAGUCCGGUUCCAGUGCAUAUUAUUCUUUUGAGGAAACUAGCAACCUACAUGGACAUCUACUGUAAUAUCCAAAUAAGACGUCGUAUCUUUCUUUUUUACUCAUUUGAAAGCUCUUGAAAUGUGAAAUAUUAUUAUUACUGAAAUAUAUGAAUAUUUUAUUGAACGUUUCAACUUUAACUUGAAAUAUAGACCAAACAGUAACAAGAAUAAACUUUAUUCAUGAACAGAAUGUCGUUUUUAAAUUUCAUCAUGCCUGUGUUAGUCUUUUACUGUCUAACCGUGAGAAAAUGAUGAUACACUAAUCCUUUCCCACUUCAUGCUUGGAAUUUUUGCUUUUAUAUACAUAAUUAUAAAUUAUUAAAUAAGCAUUUACUUGAUAUAAAUCCCAAAUGUAUAGUAUUGUAUAUUCAACUGCACUAGUAUUGCUUAGUUGAAGAAAAUGCUUGCAUUCGUCGGAACUCUGGUGGCCUCUAGUGGUUAACAUCGGUACUCGGGUACUUGGACCACAACUUGGAGAGCUCGCUGAACUGUUUGCACUAAGAGCAUUGCACUUCCGUGUUCAGAGCGGAUGUUUGCUGUGAAAUUUCAAAUUAAGAGCAGCACCUUUGUUGUGUUUCUGAUAUGGCUGUUUACUUUAUCCAAUAGGCAGUGCACACAAUGGAAAGAAUUCGAUGUAUAGCUAAUUAAUGCAUUUUAUUUUGCGUGCCACUAAAAGAAUGCUUUAUUUGAAGUUUCACCGCAAAAUAUCAGAAUUGAACACGGAAGUGUAAUACUCCCAAUGCAAAGUUUUGCCUUCCCUCGCAAAACAGUUUAGAUAUUUUGUAUUUUAUUUUGCAUUAUUGAUUAGCAGUAGCAUAUUUGUAAGACUCAACCAUGAGAGUAGUUAAGGGGCACUCCACCAUUUAACGGACCAGACCGGAGGCGUGGCCAUUUCCUGUUAAACUUUAACAACUAUUUUAGCUUUAGUAAGCAAGUUCUUUUGCCCUUGUGCUAUAAUUCAAAGUGGUUUGCUCAUUGAAUUGAUAAGAUUGCUUGAUUUUUGCAGAGAAAAUGGUUAAAUUCUAAAUGAUGUUGCUAUAUUUUCAGCCUUUGGGACCUUUAAGUCAGUCCACGUCAAACAUUCCAAAGUGUAAAUAAAUAGAAAAGUU